CUCCAGUUCGUUUAAAAAUAAAGGGGUAGGGGAGCGGAGGAGAAGAACGGCCGGCCCGCGGAGUCACCAGCGCCCCGCCAGGCUCCCCGCGCUCCCGCCACGCCAGCCUCGCCGGCGGCCCGAAAGAGGCGGGGGUAGGCGGGGCGGAGGAGGAGCCGCGGGCGCGGCGCCGCGCCGUCCGCGGCCGCCGCCCGCCCCCGUUACACACCGCAUGUAAACAGUCCCCGUCGGCGCGAGCCUAGGACCCGCAGGGAGUCCGCCCGGCUGGCCCGCCGCCGCCCCGGACCCGCGCCUAGCGGAGCGUCGCGCCGUGCUGCCCGCCCGGGAGGAGGGCGCCGAGGAGCGAGGAGGGCGGCGACGGGAGGCGGAGGGAGCGGGGCGAGCGCCGCGGCGGAGGGAGCGGCGGCGGGCGCGGCGGGCCACGAUGGAUUUCCAGCAGCUGGCCGACGUUGCGGAGAAAUGGUGCUCCAACACGCCCUUCGAGCUCAUCGCCACCGAGGAGACCGAGCGCAGGAUGGAUUUCUACGCCGACCCCGGCGUUUCCUUCUACGUGCUGUGUCCGGACAACGGCUGCGGCGACAAUUUUCACGUGUGGAGCGAGAGCGAGGACUGCCUGCCUUUCUUGCAGCUAGCGCAGGAUUACAUCUCCUCCUGCGGCAAGAAGACGCUCCAUGAAGUCUUGGAAAAAGUCUUCAAGUCCUUCAGACCUUUACUGGGGCUUCCGGAUGCAGAUGACGAUGCAUUUGAAGAGUACAGUGCAGAUGUGGAGGAAGAGGAGCCAGAGGCGGACCACCCCCAAAUGGGGGUCAGUCAGCAGUAAACCUCCAAGGGCACCUUCCGGAAAAGGAGAGUGAGCCUGCUGUACCCUAGGUGGGGUCCUGUGCUCCUGGGUUAGCAUUUUGCAUUAGCACUUCGAAACAGGACGUCUGGCUCCCAGCAUCCAAAUUAAAAUGAAAUACGUUUUUAAUGACCACACAAUAUCUGUGAUGAGCUUUGCUCAGAAGUGACCUGAAUUUCAGUCCCGCUUCAGUGGGGUUUCUAUGGAGUUGUCUUGGUAGCCUUUGCCACUUUGAAUUUAGAGUCUCUUGUGGCUGCCUAUUUUUUCUUGAGUUUAUGUUGGAGAAUUAACGUUCACUGACUGGAAUGUAGAGAACUCUGAAUGUAUUAAGGAUGUGUUUUGAGUCCUCGCAGGUGACCUGGCUGAGGAGCAGCAUGGCAGAGAAGCAAUGCAGUCUGCACUUUUUAUGUACCUUUUAAGUGUCCGUAAGUGAAAGGUUUUGCUUAUAAAGCAUGAGUUUAAAUAUCUAGUCGUUAAACUGCACAAGUGCAAAUACAAAGGCAGAAAAGGAUGCUCACUUAGCUUUGGAUUAAGAGGGUAAGAGAGGCAGAGAAGCCUGGAAAGUGUCGCCGUCACUGAGCUGGUUACCUGGUAUGUAGCAGCUGGUUCCUGGUUAGAUGUAAAUGUUACUUGCUUGUUCAGUUGUUUUAAAACAUGCUAAUUCCAAAGCCACUUUUUAAGUCUAAGAGUGGAAAAUAUAAAGGGGUGAAAGACAAAAGCUAACAAUUUCUUUAAGCUGUUUAUAAACCAUCCCACACAUAAAAUGAAACAUUACCUUCUCUCUUUAUAAUGAGAUGGCCACCUGUUAAAUCAUGAAAACACCCAGAAUCCAAGUAAGUGCCACUUAAACUUUGAAGCCAUAGAUCCAUAGAUAAAUUUAGUAGGAAAAUAAACCAAGAUAAAAAUUUUUUAAAAAGUAUAAUGGAAUCCUUUACUUUCUUAAUCAUUUAUUCUUAAAAAAAAAAAAAAAAGUCAAGAAAAGGCUCCCCGUUCUAUAAUUUAUUUAAAAUUAUAACAAGUACUUUAAGGGACCUAAUGGUAGUGAAUUUUUAAAGUCACAUGAAAAUAGGCAUCUUGAUCAUCGGGUAGCUUGGUUAAAGGGGACACUUUUAAUGAUCAAGAUACUCAGACAACUCAGAAACAACUGCUGUCAUCAUUUAGCCAACAAAUGCUUACUGGGGACAUCCUCUAAUGCCAGGGUGGAAUUAUUUGACACACUUGUUUUCUUGGACCGUGUGCAUCAUCUCUGGUUCUAAUUAUUUAGGAUGAAUGCCUCCUUUAUAGCACUUGACUUCCCCUAGCAUCUCUGCUGGGAAUGUUCCAAACAUGCACACAUGUGCCCAUUAGAUCAUUAGUAUUUUGAAUUAAAAAAAAAAAAAAAAUUCGUAGCAGAGGCCACAUGGGAG